AUGCAGCAGCACCAAAGACCAACUGCUGCUGCUCCAUCAGUUCCAAUCGUUUCUACUAAUACGGUAGUACCUGGGCAGGUCCCAGGUACAGCGUUGCAUGGACAGGAGUCGGCACCAAGUCAUAAUGGUAACAACUAUGCUCCUCAAACACAGUCACAGCAAGGAACUAAUGCGACACCAGCUCAUAACAGUCAGUUGUCUUCAGUUUACAGGCUUUUACACACUCCCGAUAGUGCUGCACAGUUGCAGUUAUGGAGGUAUCAACUGCCCUCUCCUCAACUUACUCAAUCUGCCUACUCCUAUCACGACAGUGCUCAAAAGGCAGCUGUAGACAGAGCUGGCAGGUUUGCCCAAGGCCCGCUACCGUGGAGAAAUGGUAUAUCACCGCCGGAUAGUUCCAGCGGUGCUACAGCAGCAGCAGCAGCAGCUGCUGCUGCUGCCGCCGCCGCCGUCAAUAGUGCUAAUGCAAAUAAAAAUGUUAAUGUUGGUGGUGUACCUACUAGUUCGACUUCUCCAGUGGCUGCACCUACGUCGUUUUCUCAUGUGCCGGAAUCAAAUUCAAACAGUAAUGGCGUUACACCUGCUGUUGCUCCCGCUUCCGGUUCCAUUUCCAGUUCCGCUGCAUCUUCCAAUGAUACUGGUUUCCAUAACUUCCCAUCAGAGACAAGACGUAACACACAGGAAGCGGUUGCGCGUGGUAUAGCAGAACGUCAUAGAGAUCGACCAAUUGCAGAAUAUGCCGCAAUUGUCAAACAGGCAGAAAUUGCUGUUCUCAACAUGGAUCCUCAGACGCAUUCGAAAACGUUAGUUCAGACUGCAGAACAAAACCGAGAACGUGAAAGACAAGUUUAUGCUUUAUUAUGGUUGAUGAAAAGUUGUCAAGCUCAACCAGAUAGCUAUGUGCCAAGAGGUAGAAUUUUUGCUCAAUAUGCAGCUUCGUGCGCCCAAAAUGGGCUGAAACCAUUAUCACAAGCUUCAUUGGGGAAAUUGAUUAGAGCUGUUUUCCCUGAUUUAACAACUAGGAGAUUAGGUAUGAGAGGGCAGUCAAGGUAUCAUUACUGUGGAUUAAAAUUAGUGGGACCUGCUCAAAAUUCAUCUGAAACUGAUACACCAUCUUCCAUGACAAAUAAGGUCGGAUUAUCGGCGACCGCACCACAUUCUCCUAUGCCAAUGCAUUUGUUUCCACAACAACCAUCACAAGUGUCUACUUCGGCAUCAAUUUCUGCAUCUUCGCCACUUUUGUCGCUGCAACAACAGCAGCAACAACAGUAUUAUCAACAACAACAGCAUUAUCAACAGCAUUAUCAACAGCAACAACAACAACAGCUUUACCAACAACAACAGCACCAGCAACAUGGAUUGCCCCAUAAUGUAAACUCACAAAUUUCCUUGCCUUCAAAUGAUUAUUAUCAUCCUUACACGCAUACAAAAUCAAAUCCAAUUGGAUUAGAACCUUUAACAACUGAUAGAGCUUUUAACGAUUAUGAGUCAGUUUUCAUGGAGAAUAUGUACGAUCACAUAUUUUCCAACGAAGUACCAAUUCCUUCUGACUAUGCAUUGAAAUUUCCCAAAAUUCCACGUUCUCAAUUACCAGCAGGAACGGAUGAAGAUAUAGUUUCUGCAUUGGAAUCAUUGUACCAUGUUCAUUGUAACACUAUUUUUGAGCAUAUUCGGUUUAUGAGGUUUGAUCAAUUGCCAAAUUGUCUUGUUUUAUUCGGUUCAGGUUCAAUUUCACCUCAAAUGUAUAAUCUUUUCACUCACGAAAGUUUACACUAUUGGGUUUACGAAUGUGAUUUAAUCACCCAUGUAUCAUUGAUCAAGUGUCUUUCCCGUAUGGUUUUAGAUUUUGAUAAGGUGCCUGCAAGCUCUAUUGUUAAGUUGGAAGAAUUUGCAAAAGCUUACGAUGAGAUCAUAUCAGAAUCUACAAUCGAUUUACCAGUUGUAAUGGUCGCUCAUAAAACAGAAAUUGUUAAAAAUUUUUCCAGAUUGGUUAGAAAAUUGAUCCAGUUAAUCAAAUAUCUGAGAGAAACUUCAAAAAUUUUACCAAAUUUCCAACAUAUGUCCAAGGAUUGGUUAUCUUACGAUAAUCUUGAUGAUGUUCUUUAUGUGAUUAAUAGAAACGGGUAUGAAAAAAUUGUUCCGAUGAUUAGACAAUUCAUGUCUGUUGAUGUUACAAGGUUUGUUGAUGAAUUGGCUUCAGGCGUUGUUAGAUUAGACGUCUUUGUCCGUAGGUUCUGUGAAAUAAUUUCAUCAGUAAGGGACGUACCAGCGUACAAGAUCAUGGAAUGUAUUAUGAUGUUUUCUAAAGUAUUCAUGGCAGAUACCAAUAUUGAGAUGCAACAAAAGGGUUAUCCUUGGUACGUAUUAGACAUGUUGUUCAAUUUGCUUAUUGGAUACUGUUACGAACUGAAUAGGUUUAUAUAG